GCGUCGCCAUGGCAGCGCGGGAUCUGUGCCCGACCGGAUAGGCCGGCCCGGCGCGCGCGGGGCCUGCUGGGAGCGCACGUCCCCGCCGCCCCUCCGCCGGUUUGAACUUGGCGGGCCCAAUGUGGGCGGCCGGGCGGUGGGGGGCUGAUUCGCCACCUUCCGACGCUCGGUCCUCCGCCGGCUGCAGGUCCAGGUCUCGGCCCUCCUCCGGCUCCUUCUCCGUCCUCAUGGCGGGCGCCCGGGGGCAGGGGCUGGAGCCGGUGACGGUGUGCUCGCCGUCGCCGCCGCUGAGCUGCAGCAAUUCCACCAUGUCGCUGCUGUCUCCCCUCGGCCACCAGAGCUUCCCGUUUGACUACGACGAUGGUGACGGGGAGGAUGAGGAAGACGUGGAUGAAGGUGCUCAUGAUUCACAGGCUAAGGUGGCGAGCCUGAGAGGAGUGGAGUUACAGGGGUGCGCCAGUGUGGCUGAAUCAGAAGAUAACCAAGAAGAACAGAAACAGGUGCACCUACCAGAAAGCCGCCUGACACCAUGGGAAGUGUGGUUUGUUGGCAAAGAAAAAGAAGAACGUGACCGUUUGCAACAGAAAGCUCUGGAGGAAUUAAAUCAACAGCUAGAAAAAAGAAAAGAAAUGGAAGAACGUGAAAAAAGAAAGGUAAUUGCUGAAGAAAAGCACAAGGAAUGGGUUCAGAAAAAGAAUGAACAGAAAAGAAAGGAAAGGGAACAAAAAAUUAAUAAGGAAAUGGAGGAAAAAGCAGCAAAGGAAUUGGAGAAAGAACAUUUGCAAGAAAAGGCAAAAGAAAAAUACCAAGAAUGGUUAAAGAAGAAAAAUGCUGAAGAAUGUGAAAAGAAGAAGAAAGAAAAGGAAAAAGAAAAACAACGGCAAGCUGAAUUACAGGAAAAAAAGGAAAUAGCAGAGAAAAGGUUUAAGGAAUGGUUGGAAAAUGCAAAAUAUAAACCUCGUCCAGCUGCCAAGAGCUAUGGUUAUGCCAAUGGAAAACUUACAGAUUUUUACAGUGGAAAUUCUUACCCAGAACCAGCCUUUUAUAAUCCAAUUCCAUGGAAACCCAUUCAUAUGCCUCCUUCCAAAGAAGCUAAGGACCUAUCAGGAAAGAAGACUAAAAGGCCUGUGAUAAGUCAGCCACGCAGGUCAUCAUCCUCUCUGGUGGUUCAGAAAGCCAGAAGCAAUCUUUGCCUUGGAACUCUGUGCAGAAUACAAAGAUAGUGGGUGUGGAAAAUUGCAUGCUUUUACCUGAAGCUAUUUAAUUUUAAAAGUAGAAUCGUUUUUUACUCCUCAGUCAACAGCUGAACAUUUGAUGUGAUUAUUGACACUUUCACAUUUUUGCAUUCGUAUAUGUUGUCCUUAGAGCUAAUUGAAGAAGAUGCUUUAUACAUUUUCAUUUUCGUAAGUCCUUCAAGGUUGAUCUUGGCAUUUUGGUUCACAGGAUAAGUGACUGAAUAUCUAACUAUUGUGUUUAUAUUUACCUUGUGUUAAAACUACAUUGUAAUACCAAUAAAACCAACAAUUUGUGUUGUGUUCUUUC